GGUGUGCGGCAUCAACAUGCGCAACGCCACCUACAACUUGGCAGCGAACGUCCUCAGACAGUGUGGCAACUCGAUCACGAUGCUCGUGCAAUACAGCCCCGACAAGUACCACGAGCUCGAGGGCGGAGCCGAAUCUUGCUCGUCGUCAACGUCCGAGUCGGAGGAGGAGGACGAGGAGGAGGCUGACGAAGGCGAGGCGACGCCCUGCAACUCCCCCAAGGAGGUCAGGAAGAGUUCGUCGUUGCCAAUGAAGCCGUUGCAACUGAUGGCGAUGCAGAGGCAGGCGCAGAAUGUUGCGGCGAACGGGAAUUCUAGGGGCAGUACAGAAGAACCGCGAUAUCUCUGCAUUGAAACUCAGAACACUUCCAAUUUGGGCAUAUCUUUGGUAGGGGGUAAUGCGGCAGGAAUCUUCAUUCACUCUGUUCAACCGGAUUCUUUAGCUUACGACGCCGGCUUGAGAACCGGAGAUCAGAUAUUGGAAUACAACGGCAGCAAUCUACGGGCUGCCACAGCGGAGGAAGCUGCUUACGAAUUGGCGAAACCAGCUGAUAAAGUUACAGUUCUUGCUCACUAUCGUAUUGACAAAUACAACGAAAUAAAGGACAAACCUGGCGACAGUCUAUACGUUCGUUGCGGCUUCGACCGAAGCGGAAACGACAUGACGGAACCUCCCCAGCUGUCUUUCUCAAAGGACGAUGUUUUGUAUGUUGACAACACCAUGUUCAGCGGUUCUCCGGGUCAGUGGCGUGCUUGGAAAUUAGACGGGGAAGGACAUCGGCAGCAAUGCGGCGUUAUUCCCAGCAAGUAUAAGGUCGAAGAAGAGUUGCUUCUGAGGCGGGGCGCAGGAGAUCCAUCAGAAGGGCGAUCAACUGCCACAGCACGACGCAGUUUUUUCAGAAGAAAAAAGCAUCAAAGAGGUGGUAGCGGAAGCUCCGGUUUAAAUACGUCAAGGGAUUCCAAAGAACUGGCAAGUUUUUGUAACCUCUCGCCUGGUUGGUACUCGGAUUCAGGGUCCCUGCACGAAGAUUUAUCCCAGGCGUCCUACCAACGGGUGGAACGCCUCCAAUACCCCGAAUUCCGACCGGUGCUCGUCCUGGGCCCCCUGGCCGAGUGCGUGGCCGACAAGCUGGUGCAGGAGUUCCCCGACAAAUUUACCAGGGCUGCAACGGAAUCGAGACGGUGCUCACAAGCUCAGCUCGAUCGAGAGCUCGCCGAUGGAUUACUUCUCGAAUACCGUAGAAGGGGCACUUGCUAUGAAUGCAUAACUGUGUCCGCUGUCAGAUCUGUAGCGCAGGCUAGGCUGCAUUGCAUGCUCGACGGGUCGAUUACAAUGGUGGAGCGAUUGCAUCGCCACCACAUCUAUCCCGUGGUGCUGCUAAUCAAGUUUAAGAGCACCAAGCAGAUUCGAGAGGUGAAAGAUGCCAGGUAUAGCAUCGACAAGCUUUCAGGCAAGGCUGCUAAAGAGAUGUUUGAGCACGGGCAGAAGCUAGAAGGGGAAUAUCGCCAUUUGGUUACGGCCGUCGUAUCCGCAGGCGCUAACGUCGCUCAUUUGUGCGCCCAAGUGAAGGCGGCCCUCGAUGCAGAACACCGAAAGAGCCAGUGGGUUCCCACGGCCACGCUGCACUGACGGCAAGCGGUUCGCAGUACCAGUUCAACGCUUUUAAGAUAACGAAA